AUGGAUGGACUGUUGUUGUGUUGUCAGAAUGAAAUUGAUGUACAAGAAAUUGUUGAUAAACUUAACAAAGAAGUGGAAGUGAAACAAUUAGAACCUAUAAAGUACUACCUUGGAAUACAAAUUGAAAGAACAGAAGAUGGAAGUUUUCUUCUAAGUCAGAAAAAAAAGAUCAUAGACUUCACUGAAUCUGUGGGAAUGAAAGAUUCCAAACCAGUUAGUAUUCCGCUUAAACCAGAGUACCUGAAGAGAACAGAUGGAGAACUACUUCCAAAUAAUAAUGACUACAAAUCAGCUAUUGGAAAGCUGUUAUACCUGAGCAAGAUUUGCAGACCAGCAGUUGGACUCUUACGCAGAAAGACCAACUCACCAAGUGUUUACGACUGGAGAGCUGUAAAGAAACUUGCUAGAUAUCUGAAAGGAAUUUUGGAUUACAAACUUGUAAUCUUGGCCUGUGAUGAACCAAGACUGAUCGGAUUCAUGGAUGCUAACUUGGAUAGAAAUGGACCUGAUGGCAAAUCUACAAGUGGAUACUUGUUCUUCUAUGGAAACAGUUUAAUUGAACGGACUAGUCUGAAACAGUCUGUUGUAGCUCUUUCUACAGCAGAGGCAGAAUGUAUAUCAGCAACAAGUGCAUCUCAGGAACUAGAAUGGAUCAUUCAUCUGCUAUAG